AUGUUGCCACACAACUUGUCCGAGGAGGAGCUGCUCGUGACUCCGGCCACGUCGCGGCCGUCGAGUCCACGCAUCGUAGGCGAUGAGGCGCUAGGCUUGCCCCCGCUGGGCCAAGAACUCGAUUUCGACUUCGAUGGGCUACAUAUGGCGGGGAAACGCUCACAAGCUGCGCUGCGUUCUGAACUCGGGCCCGCGAGCCAGCCGACGCACAGGAGCUCGCUCUACCCCACCCCACACCGAACAUCCCGGCCCGCGCCGCAGAUCACCCCUUCGCUUUACGGACCCCUCGUAGAACCCCCGAUGGAGGGCCCUACAGUUGUGCUCCGGCCAACCGUCCAACUUCCCGUCCAGCUGCUGGAUAGCUGGCCUGGACCACCCAACGAAAUCUCGCACGUCUUCUUCCUCGCGGGUGUAUUGACCAACAAACAGUGGGAGGUGUUCCAGCGCGAGGUAGCAGGCAGCGUCGCGCGCAUGGUUGCGGCUGGGCCCGUUGCUGCGCAGGUAACAGUCACGCGGGCUCACGUUAAUCGGCGCGUGCUCGGAUAUGAUACGGUUUGGACGGACAUUUGCGUUCAUGCCGACGCAAGAGUGGCAUAUCUGCGCAUCGAGACGUGUUUGCUCGAUGUGCUUCCGUUGUGUGGUAUUGAGAACCCGCAGGACGGGCUCGUAAGAAGAGAUGUGUAG